GGGCACCUCCCGCCCGCCGCGGCUCGGCCCCCGCGGGGCGGCUCCGGGCGCUCGGCGGCAGAGCCGCGGCAGGUCCCCGCAGGGCGGGCCGGGUCGGCAUGGGGCUGGAGCUGUACCUGGACCUGCUCUCGCAGCCCUGCCGCUCCAUCUACAUCUUCGCCCGGAGCAACAACAUCCCCUUCGAGUUCAAGCACGUGGAGCUGUUCAAAGACUCGGUGCUGGGGAAGAAGCCGGCGGCGGGGAGCGGCGCGGAGCAGCCCCGCGCAGGGCCAUCAAACAGUGAAGGUGCAGGCAAAGUCAGCCUCCUGAAGAAAGUACCAGCGCUGAAGGACGGAGACUUCACCCUUGCAGAAUGCACUGCCAUCCUGCUGUACCUGAGCCGAAAGUACAACACUCCCGACCACUGGUACCCCUCAGACAUCCAGAAACGGGCCCGGGUGGAUGAGUACCUGUCCUGGCACCACGCCAACAUCCGCGCCAACGCUCCCAAGACCAUGUGGAUCAAGGUGUUGAUUCCCCUCUUCACAGGGCAGCCACUGCCCUCGGAGAAGCUCCAGGAGGUUAUGGAGGGGCUGUCCACCUCCCUGAAGCAAUUUGAGGAGAGGUUUCUGCAGGACAAGGCUUUUAUCAUUGGCAGUGAGAUCUCCCUGGCAGAUCUUGUGGCCAUUGUGGAACUGAUGCAACCUGUUGGAGUUGGUUGUGACAUCUUUGAAGACAGGCCCAGGCUGAGGGAGUGGCGCAGGCGGGUGGAGGAUGCCGUGGGGAAAGAGCUUUUCUUCCAAGCCCAUGAGAUGAUCCUCAAUAUCAAAGAACUGAGCAAUAUUCAAAUUGAUCCACAGCUGAAAGAGCAACUGGCGCCUGUGUUGAUGAAGAUGUUGAAAUGAAUUAACCUAUCUUAGCAUUUUUCCUGCCUUUUUUUUUCCCCUUUUUAACCUCUUCUCUGACAUCCAGUUCUACAUGUAACUGGAAAGAGCACUGUAAUUCUAACACAGAAAUUGCAGAGUGUUUCCCCCGGGCCAGGUCUUUCUUGUAUCUUUGGGGGUGGAAGCUGCGGAAAGUUUAAGACCUAAAACAUUAAAUUUAUACAGAAGGCU